AUGGAGGUGGUUGCACUGGAGGAAGGUGUGCAGAGGGAAUUCACCAGGAUGUUGCUUGGGAUGGACCUGUUCAUCCACGUAGUGAGGCUGGAUACGCAUCAGGUUGUUUGCAGAAGAGUAUCCCAGCAAGAUCGACGAGGUGAGCCCAGCAGCGAGAGAUGUGAUUCUGACAUUGGUGGAGCCAGCGCAGGGAGCAGUAAAGCGAUGGCGGAGGAGAAUCAGCCCAGCAGUGAAAUAUGGUGCCUGAAGAGUGGUGACUUCAAUGUUGUUAUUUGUCCUCAGCUGAAAGUUUCACUGAAAGCUGAGAACCUAUUUGUGGAAAAGAUCCAGCUGAACGUUUCACUGAAAGGUGAAAAUCUAUUUGUGAUUAAGGUCCAGAACUUCAACCAACACAAAUGUAACUCUGCCAAUAAUCCUUAUGAUUCUAAUUCUGAUCUCCAACUGAAAGUUUCACUGAAAGCUGAGAGCCUAUUUGUGAAAAAGAUCCAGGUGAUUAACACAGUCCGCAAUUUGAUUCACUGUAUUUGGCUCAGCUCCUUCUGUUUCUCCCCUGUAUUGGUAGAAGUUGCGACCAGCGAUCCUGAGAGUGAAGGUGAUGAGAAUAUGGAGCGAGGUAACUGGUCCUCAAAAACUGAUUACUUGAUCUCAGUGAUCGGCUGUGCUGUGGGUCUGGGCAAUGUGUGGAGAUUCCCUUACCUGGCUUACAAAAAUGGAGGAGGUGUAUUCCUUAUUCCCUACAUGCUCAUGCUGGCACUUGUUGGGAUGCCACUGUUUUUCUUGGAAUCUUCCUUUGGACAGUUUGCCAGCCUCAGUCCUAUAGCAAUCUGGAAAGCUGUGCCCAUGUUACAAGGUGUGGGGCUCACUAUGAUCCUUGUCAUUACAACUGCCACGGGUUCCUCGACCUGCAUCCUCGCCUACAGUCUGUACUACCUGUUUGCUUCCUUCCAGUCACCCCUGCCGUGGGCAGAUUGCUUCAGUUGGUGGGGAGCAGAUGAAACAUGCAGCAGGACUCCUAAAGAUCCACUCUGCAACCGCACUCUGGAUGAUGGAUAUUUUGAAAUCGUUAAUACAACAUGGCUGCAAGCAAACAAUGAAACUUGUCCAAAUGGAUCAGAAAUCUCUGUUCCUCACCAGGGUCCAAGUGAGCAAUACUGGGAUAAAGUGGUUUUACUCCAUUCCAGUUCAAUGGAUGAGACAGGGGAGAUAGUCUGGUAUUUAGCUCUCUGUCUUCUCCUGACUUGGCUGAUAACAGGGGCAGCAUUAUCGAAAGGAAUCAAAUCUUCAGGAAAGACAAGUGAUUGUGUUCUCUAUCCUUAGGCUGUGUAUUUCACUGCGACAUUCCCUUAUGUGGUUCUGACCAUACUCCUGAUCCGAGGCGUUACCCUAGAGGGAGCCGGUAAAGGGAUUGAAUUCUACAUUGGAAGUCAGUCAGACUUCUCCAAACUGGCUGAUGCUGAGGUCUGGAAAGAUGCUGCAACACAGAUUUUCUUUUCUCUUACUGUAGGAUGGGGCAGUUUAAUAACCCUGUCAUCCUACAACAAAUUCCACAACAACUGCUACAGAGAUGCCAUUGUUGUCUGUGUUGUUAAUUCUCUUACAAGUGUAUUUGCUGGAUUUGUCAUUUUUUCAAUCCUUGGACACAUGGCUCAUAUCCAAGAUAAGCCUGUCUCAGAGGUUGCGCAGUCAGGUUUUGGUUUAGCUUUUAUUGCCUACCCAGAGGCUCUUGCUCAAUUGCCAUGGGCACCUUUCUGGUCCAUUUUGUUUUUCUUCAUGUUGGUCACUGUGGGACUCAGCAGUCUGUUUGCAAGUACAGAAUCAGUUAUAACGGCUAUGCUGGAUGUGUUCCCGAGGGUUCUACGAUCAAGGCGCCUUUUUCUGACAAUUUUUGUUUGUUCGUUAUUUUUUUUCUGUGGCCUUCUAUGUGUAACACAGGCUGGGAUUUACUGGUUAAAUUUAAUAGAUCAUUUCUGUACUGGAUUGGCUACCAUUAUAACAGCUCUGCUGGAACUGAUUGGUCUGAGCUGGAUCUAUGGGAUAAACAGAUUCAUCAAGGACAUUGAGAUGAUGAUUGGGGAAAAGAACUGGCUGUUUUGGUUGUGGUGGAGAAUGUGCUGGAUUUUUAUCACUCCGUGUUUGCUGGCAGCAAUCUUGUUCUGGUCCUUAGCAAUGUUUGUCCUGCCAACAUAUGGACCUGUUGAGUACCCUGUCUGGGCAAUUGCACUGGGCUGGUGUAUGAUCGUCUUCUGUAUUAUGUGGAUCCCCAUCGUGGCCAUUGUGAGAGUUGUCCAAGCUGAGGGUUCCACCUUGUGGCAGAAAAUUACUGAUGCUUGUACCUCGGCUCCAGAUUGGGGUCCAUGCUUGGAACAACACAAAGGGGAAAGAUAUGAAAGGAAACAUGAUUCAGCAGAAGCCCUGAACUGUGUGAAACUCCUGCCCACUCCUGAGAAAGAAAAAAAUCUGUUUGAUUUGUAAACACUGAUGGACUUACUUAAUUCAUUAAUUUAUCACCAUUCUACUGUACUCUACUGCAACUAGUGGAAGUUCCUGGGGCAGUGUUCGUAUAGUCCCUGAGGUAAUAUCUAUGCAAAACUCAGGGCUGUGUCCACACAGUCCCUGAGGCAGUGUCCACACAGUCCUUGGCAUAUUGACUGUGCAGUAUCUGGGCAGUAUCUAUGCAUCCCUGGAGCUGUAUCUAUGUAGUUUUUGGGCCAGUAUCUACACAGUCCCUGGGCUAUGUCCAUGCAAUCCUUGGGUAGAAUCUACGCAGUCCCAAGGACAGUAUCUAUGCAGUUCUUGGGGCAAUAAGUACACAGGAGACCCUGUGCAAAAUCAAAAUAGUCCCUGGACAGUGUCUACACAGUCCCUGGACAGUGUCAAUGAUCAGGAAAGUCUUGGCUGAGUAUAGAAACACUUGAGAUAAAGUUGUUGAUCUUUCAUUUUCUCUGCUGGCUUCCAUGAAAUCAACAAUUCAAUUUAUUUUGCUGAAGAAGCAAGUGCAGAAGAAUUACAAGAUGGUUAUAUUUGACCAGUUCCAUUGGUAUUGGGUAUGUUUACUUGAAAUAGUCCAUCCACAUGUUGUUGUUCUUCAUAUAAAUAAGAUUGUUUCCUUGCAGUAUUGGUGUGGUCUUCAAGGUUCUGUUCAAGAAAUAAAUGUAUAUGUUAAAUUGACAAUGAAUUGAUUUGUUGCUAGUAUGUUUUUAAGACUCGAGCAUAAUUGUAAGAAAUUCUGUGUUUUGCUGCAUUAAAUACAUUAUUACUGGAAGGAUGGACAGUUUUCUUUUCACAGAAGUGAUAAAUACUGUACUAUCAGAUUAUUUCAUAUUUUAUAUUGAUUUUUGAAAAUGUGUUAUAUUGUUCAGAUAAGAGAUGUUUUUGCUCUGGUCAGAUGGUUUAUUAUGCUUUAAAUAGUAAACAUUCACUGUUGAAUGUUUUGCAUUAAAUUGAACUUUUACUGUAUGAUGCCUUCAUGAAUAAUGUUCUAACGUAUGUGUCUAUUGCUUUGAUAACUGUUUAGUUUAGAGGUAGAUUCUCUUUGAUUGAAGCAGUAGCUGAUAUAUAUGAGAGACAAAUAACAAUUCUGUCACAAAUGACUUCUUGUUUUAAGUCUCAUAGCUACUUUGUCCACCUAAUGCAUACAGCUUGUUCAUGAAGCUAUCAACAAGUUCUCCUGGGAUUUGGUAUCUGCUUUUGAAGUUUAAUCUUGCCAGUGUCCAAUCUGUUCUUGAUGUGAAAUAUUGAUCAACAGCUGUUUGUAAGUCAUCAAAAUAACUUGUUUCUCACAUGAUUCAAUGUUCUCAUGAAUUAGAGAUUUGCUAACCUGUUCUGCAUUUGAUUUAGUGUCCUGGAUGUGUUUGAAAUAUUAGGAAUUGUACUUUCCAUGUCUAUCAAUUCAUUGAUCAAUGAAAUGGAUCUGAAAACCUAAAUUUUCCAGUGGAAAGAUUGGAAUUGACAAUUUUGUUACAUUAUUUUGUUGUUGAUGGACACUUAGAGUCAUAGACUCAUAGACCAAUACAGCAUAGAAACAGAUCCUUCAGCCAAAACUGGUCCAUGCUGACCAUAAUGCC